GGGUCAUUUCCGGUUUAAAAAUAAACAAAGAACUGUUGAUAUUCCAUCCAGUUCCCUUCGAUGUUUUUCAUACACAUGUUCAUAUAGUCGCAGCAUUAUUUGAUAAAUUAAAUGUUUGGCUUUAGUAAUUAUAACUGUAAGUCAGACAAAAUCGCCAUAAAUGAUGAAAUAUCGACAACUGUCAUGACUCAUUGCAUUAGACUAAUACUUCACUGGCCUGGGCCUAGAACUAGAAACAAUUUGUGAUUGUGAAACACGAAAUACGAUGACUUGCUUAGUUUCAAGCAACUUGCUUGAAACUAUUGAAACCAUACCUAGUCAUAGUCAUACUAGUAAAUAAAUUUAAAAAAUGGCAUGAUUAUUCAUUGUAACGAUGGACUGAGGAUUUUUCCUCGAAAACCACCCCACUGGAACUAGGCCCAUUAAAUCAUUAAAUAAUAUUAAAGAGUAAUGUUUUUAAUGGAUUUGUGGGUAAAUUAAAUGUGAAGAGAUAGCACCACGUUUUUUUUUACCAAAGCGAACUUAUGUCCUAAAUUUGUCCCUAAACCUAACCUGAACUCUAAAUCAAAAUAUAUCCCUAAACCUAACCUGCCUGAACCCUAAACAUACUCCAAAACUGGGUUUUGACCCUAUCGGAACCAGGGUUUUGACACUAUUGGAACCAGGGACUAAACACCCAAAUGAAGUCAGGGUGCUAUCUCUUCACAGCUGAUUUGUCUUGUGUAGUCUACUUCAACUUUCCUACCAACACUUUUUUUUGUUUAGUCCUUAACGGUAACUCUUUAGCUUGUGAAAAAUUUUUUUGCUCAAGGCACCUUAUAUUAUUUUUAUAUGACUUUAUUAUUUCUGUUUCAAAAUCCAUGACCAGUUAAACUUAUUUUAUUACUUAUUCAACUAAUUUCUAAAAUAACUAAUAGUUAAUAGUAGUCAGAUUCCAAUAAGUUUAAUUAUAAUUAAAUAACACUUCAUUAAUUAUAGUAAAAUUUAAUGAUUAACUAAAGGAAAUGGGAGUGAAGUAUUUAGGCUUUAGUUUUGACUAAGAAGACUUACUUAAACUUAAGUCAGUAAGUUACAUAGACCUAGACCCUAGCUCUUAUUUAAUUUAUUUCCAGUAUCACCCUUAUUUCUUUCCAGUCCCAGUAUUUAAUUUUAAGUUAUUUUUUACCAAGUUUUAAAGUCUAAAAUUGACUUUCUUAGUAGUUAUAAUACAAGUACUAGGUUAUUAAGUAGUAGAAACAAUAAUAGUAAUAAUAGGCAUAUGUCAGGCCUGCACAACUCAAAAUGUAAUACUUUAUGAAAAACUUUUGAGGGCCGUAAUGCUUUAUGAAAUAUUUGUGCGGGCAAAAAGAUAAAAGGAAGAGGCAAAAGCUAUUAAGAAAAUAAUAAUAAUAAACAAUAUUUCGUUACUUAGCGGGUCGCCAAGAGGGUGCUGGCGGGCCACAUGUAACCCGCGGGCCAUAUGUUGGCAGGCCUGGCAUAUUUGACUGUCAAUUAAUCAAUCAGUAACACUCAAGUCAAGUUGACUCAGUAAAUCUCAAAUAGAGUCAAAUGUAAUUUCAUAACCAAAUGAGGCUUAUAUUAUAUUAUAAAUGAUGUCACACAACUUUUGGAGAUUUUGCACCCCCACCCCAUAAAAAGUCCCUGUUUCCACUCUAGUGUCCUUUACAAACCCUUAAGAAAUUCACCUUACAUGGAUAUCAAAUUACUGCACCUGUAUAGAAACAUUUCACUAGAACGGUGGUUUUUAACCAGGGGUAAAAAUAUCUCCCCAGCCCUGAGGUGUGGAAGACCAGAAAAUUGUAUUCAGUGGUGUAGCUAGUUGCGUGCGAUGCCGCACUAGUUGACACCAUCUCCGUGGGUGACACCAAUUGAAAAAUUGCGUAUUUACAGAGCACACACUGCUCUAGCUAACCAAAAUUCAUAAAGUUUUAUGCAUUUUGAUUAGCAGCAGUAAAUGUUUUUCUGGUGAAUUUUAUUGACGCUUAGCUUGUAUUGUUAAUUUUUUCACUUGUUUAUAAAAAGUUAAUUAAAGAAAUAAAACUACGAUAAAGAAAUUAUUUAAUUAUUUUUAAUUUUAUUACAAUAUAAUUUAUACGGUUUGGGGGGGUAGGGUGUUUUAAAUGGAGUGGGCCUGCAGAGCUGCAAAAAAAGUUAAGAAUCCCUGCCCUAGAGCAUUUACUAAGAUUCCCCCCCCACCCACCCCAAAUCAAUUUUUUUUAUCUUUCCAUCCUACUUCAUGUGGCAGUCCACAGAUUAACAUAAAAGCAGUAUUGCCAUAACCUAUUGGCAAUAGGUGGUAGUUCAAACUAUGGCAUGGCAAGGUAUACAAAAAUAGUUAGAAUCAAACUAUUGUUGUUGAUUUUUUUACCACCCCCAUGCACAUCAAAAGUUUAUUCAAAAUAAUUCAGACACCAUCAUAAAACAUCAUCACGAAUUCAUGAUUCCCCUGUCUAUACAUGCAUGAUGUCAUUUAUCAAUAGCCCAUAUUGGGACAGAAAUCUCUAAGUGAAUUUAAAUUUUCACUAAAAAUAUCUCACCUUAACCCUCGAACUGUGUUCGGCCGACAAAAUCGGCCGAUAUUCUCGUUCUGUGCUGUGGCGGCCAAAAAAUCGGCCGUUAAAAAACACGGUCCGAUAACAACUUCCAAUCCAAUAUUUAACCGAAAUCAUAGCCAUUUCCUUUUAUUAAUAAUUAAAUCAACUUACGGGUCAAGCUGUUUCUUGAUUUAUCCCCAUCCAAUUACCUUUAUAAAAAUAUAUACUUAUAUGGGUCUUGUAUCAAUAUUUCUAUGUCAUUUAAUGCUAUUUCAAAAGACACUCAAAAAGCUCUGAAAAGCUCCACCCCACAGAAUGCUGCAUGCCAGUUCGAGGGUUAAAUCAGUAUUCUCCCAAUGCAUACAAAAUACAAACAUUUCUAUUUGAACUAUUUGUCUAGGAGAUUUUAAUAAUAAACCCAAAAUAGGUUAAUGAAGAAAAAUAACAGUGAAAUUUGAGAAAGACAAUUACACUAUGACAUUAUGACCACUUUUAACACUUUGCAGCUUGUAAAGAAGUCUUUUAUUGUAACUUAAGAUGUUGUGAAAUAGGUUUAAAUUUAAUUUAAUUUAUGUUUGCUGUUAAUCUUGCUUGUGUUAUAUUAUAUUUCUUGAUGGAAGGGCUUCAAGUUUACAAUCCUAAGAUUAAAUGUUAUUUCAAUGAUGUAAAAUCCCUCUGAAAAUUAAGUGUAAAUAUAAAUUAACCAUGAUCCAUUCCUUUAAUUUUUAAAUUGAAGGAGUCAAGUGAUAAUAAUAAACAAAUAUUCAUUUCUAUUUACAGCAUUUUUCUGUAUGUUUUUUUUUAAAGAAGCGUUUGUUAAUCUUGAUAUAUUUUUUUAGAUUUGUCAUUGAUUAUUAUUAAUAAUUAAUGAGUGAAAUUAAGUAACUGGGUUAAUAAUAUUCAAUUUUUUUUUAAAAAUAGCUUUUUCUUUAAAUUUUUUAGAAAUUUAAAAUAAUGUACCUUGCUUUAAACCUUUUUGCUAGUUCAAAGUAAUUUUAAACGAUCUAAAAAAUUUGAGCUUAAAAUUACUUCGUUUUUAUGAAUUGGAAUAAUUUUUUAGUUUCAUAUUCUGUUUUCAGAGCCAAAAAUAAACACAGAUUUGAUGUCUGCUAUGGAAGACUUAGAAGAGGCUGACUUAACAGCAGCUGAAAUUGCGAUGGUGACAGCCAAUGAAAGGGCUGGUCUAGUGUCACAGUUAGCCUGCCAUUUUUGUGGCAUGCAGUUUGACGUAAAGAAGACAAGGUCUCUACGUGCACAUAUUGAAGAGGUACACGUUUUGGGAGAUGCAGGUUAUAUGUGCGGAGUUUGUUGUGAGGAAUUCACAUCUAGGAAAGCCGUUGAGACCCACAUGAGCACUUUCCAUCGUGCGCCAAAGCCACUUGGGUGUGGCACUUGUGGUGAAACUUUCCGUGUCAGAAAUCAGCUACUCAAACACAUAGACUCUCAUACUCAGGAGGAAAUAAACAACUACAAAGUAGGCUUGUGUUACUGUGGAGAGUGUUUUGAGUUUUUUGAUAGCGUCACAUCUUUACAGAUUCAUACUAUGACCCACAGGGAGCAAGCUGUGUUUGUGUGUGGUGCCUGCGGGCUGCAGACGCAGCACAGACAUAUCAUGGUAAAACAUUUGGAAAGUCAUGUUAUAUCCAACUUGUUGACUGCAAGUGAAGGGACUGAGCCAGUCAUUGAAAUGCAGCAGCCCAUUAAGGUUGAUGCCAGUAAUAUUCAAGAGAGCACUGAAGUGCCUGCUAACACACAGGACAGUGCUGUGGAUAUUAAAGGGGAACCACUGCUGGAGGAUGAGGGAACGAGCUACAAGUGUGGUGUGUGUCAGGCAUCAUUUGCUAACCUCACUGAAGCUUUGGGUCAUGCAGAGAGACACCAGGAUGAUGAGAGUCAAAUGAUGGAUGGAAUAGAACUAAAAGUAGGGAUGGAAUUAGGUGUUCUUUUACAGCAGCAUGGUCAUGUGGAUAUCUCAUCGGAUCCAUCUCAUGAACAGCCCAGUGAAAGUGAAAGACCCCAUCUCACUUCACCAGAUGGUUCGGAUGAAUAAUAAGUUUUUAAAAAUGUAUUUAAUUAGUAUUUGCUUUCUAUAACUUGUAAUUCUUUUUUUAUAUGAAUUUUUUUUUAAUGAAUUUCUGGAAUGACAGUUUUUAUAAUUACUGACGUGCUUAUUCAAAUUGAGAUCAAACAAAUAAAACGGU